AUGGUUGGUAACAAACUAGCCUGGUUUGCCGAGCACCUGUUAGAACAGCAGGAUCCAUUGGAACCGGCAGAGUAUGAAGCACUUAUAGAUGAGUACCUGAAGCGAUUUGAUCGAGAACUAGAGCAAAUUAAGAUAGUGCAAUCGAUCGGCAAGCAUCGUGCGACGCAACACGCUGCCCGAGAAGCAGCGAUUAAAGCCACAAUCGAAACGGAAAAGCUUAAUUUCGGUGGAGGCGGUAUAGAGUUGCCGGAUUUAUGCGAUCCGAUAAACUUUAACCUGUUUCAACAAUGGGAUGGCAGUGCGGCAAGCAUUCAACAUUUGAAACUGAAAUUUAUCUCUAGAAAAAUGUUACAGGAAUCGAUCAAGAGGAACGUUGUUGAUAAAAUGGACGAGUAA